AUGUCUUCAACAAAAAUUGCUGUGUUAAGCCAAAACGCUCCAGCUCCUAGUCCUCUGAUGUCCCAAGGUAUUAUCUGCAAUGGGAUGAUUUAUUGUUCUGGGAGUCUCGGCCUUGACCCGAAGACAGGGAAGUUUAUCAGUGGCGAUGCCGCAGAUCGAACAGUUCAAGCUCUUCGAAAUCUCGAGCAAGUUCUCAUUAGUGGUGGCAGUGACCUGAGCAAGGUUGUCAAAGUCACAAUCUUCAUUUCCAGCAUGGAUCACUAUCCCAAGGUCAAUGAGGGAUAUGCAAAGGUGUUCACUCACGACGUGAAGCCGUGUCGCACAUGUGUUGGGGUUGCUAGCCUUCCUUUAGAUGCUGAGGUCGAGAUUGAGGUCAUUGCAUCAGUCUAG